AUGGAGGAGAAGUUAAUAGAGGCGGUCAGGGCACACAGCUGCCUUUACGAUAAAAGCUCCCACCUUUUCCGCAAUAAAUUAUUAAAAGAAAAGGCUUGGGAUGCCGUUGCAUGCGCUGUGGGAGUACCUGUGACUAACUGCCAAACUAGGUGGAAGUCUCUCAGAGACCGUUUCGUCCGGAAGACAGGAUUACAGAAGAAGAAGUCGGGAUCUGGUGCCGAAGAUGGAGCCACAUGGCAAUAUUUGGAAGCAAUGGAUUUUAUGCGAGGCUUCGUUGCUCCUCGAAAAACAUUUUCCAAUCUGGAUUUUACAUCACAGGAGGAGGAAAUAAACGGCAUCAGCCAGUGCAACGUGACCGAAACCUCUUAUUAUGAGGAGUAUGAAGUACGCUCUCCUCUUCCUUCUGUUGCGGCAAACGACACGGAGCAGUCCAACAGCGCAAAAAAAAUAAAAACGGCGUCGUGUAGAAGACGAGGCGAACGAGAGGUUCGGAUCACUAUGCGCGGCGGUCAAUGAAUUUGUUGGCUCCAAAUCCGAAAGCUUUAAUAAUAGCCGCAAUUUUGAGUUUUAUAAAGUUCUGGACAGCUAUGUAUUGAAACAUUCGGAGCAGGACCAAGAUUCAAUCAAAGUUGAGAUACUCAACUAUGUUUUCAACUAUAAUAGCGGCUUGAUGCAUUUCUAAACACACCAUAUUUAUAUUUCGCGUCUUGUUUCUUAAAGUUCUUUUACUUUUCAUUAAUUUAUGUUUAUUAAAUUCGAUAAUUGUUCUUUAAUAAUCAGGGUAUUCUUGUGAAUUACCCUGUAGUAAAUAAAAGACU